AUGGAGGACAAGUCCCUACCAAAACUGUCCUGGCCAAACCCCGGUUUCCACACCCCGACGCUGGGGAAGAGAGGUGCCCAGCAAGCCCCCUCAAGUCUGCAGGUGGUGAAGAGGCCAAGAUGGGAGCCACCGAGGCGGCUCUCCACCCCGCCGCCGCAGCUGCCACAAGGAGCCAUCAAUGAGGGCCUCAGGCGGGCGCUCUUUCCUAAGACCAAACCGCUGGAGAGUAUACUCUUCAUGUCCUACAUGGAAAAGAUUGUGGGCUUACCCGAGCUCACCAAGGGCAGGCUACCCUCACACGUGUGGGUCGGACUUAGAGCACCUUGGAGAGCCCCAUCUCCCUGUCCCUUAUGUGCAGCCAACCUGUCUUCCUUGGGACUGGCCGGAGCCCACUUCAGAAAGACACAUGGCGCUAGGAGGAUUCUCCUGUUGUGUGCUAAAUGCGGCACCUCAUCCUUCAAAACGAGCUCCAUGACGGGUCAUGCGAGUAAAUGCAAGAUAGGGCGAGAGAUGAAAAAGGAUGGGGGGGAUUUCGCCUGUGCGCUAUGUGCCAAACACCUGAAGACACAAAGAGGCCUUUCCCAGCACCUAAGACUGGCUCACCUUGGCGCCUACCUGGAGAUGGGGCGAAAAUCCAAAGGUCCGUUGCUGCUAAGGCCUCCGGGCCCGGGUCUCUCCAACCUCCUGGAGAAGCUCAACACGCCUUUGAUGAAUGUCCCAAGGGUCAAUGAACUUGUUCACGUAAUGCGAGCCAACUGGGGUCCCCCUGGGCAAACCACAAGAGUUGGCAUAAACAGAGAAGCCAGGAAUCUGGUGAUCAAGUUCAGAAGUAAACUUGGUCUGACCAAGUUUACGGGCCAAAGCAAGAUCCAAAAUGCACCCCGUCUACCAAGGAACAUCAAGGAGGCGUACAAGUUGACCCAGGAUUUAUGGUGGAGAGACCCCUGUAAAGCCGCGCAGCUUAUCCUUGAUGGUGCCCCGCCGAACUGCGUGCUCCCUAGGGCUACCAUCGAAGAGACCUAUAAGCAGAUUUGGUGCGGGCGCGACGACAGAUUCAAGUCGCUGGCAGGAUUCGGAAAACUCCCGGUGGCAAAUAACAAUGAAUUCCAUUCAGUAGUGACUGGGUUGGAAGUGGUCCGUACCUUAAAAAGAAUGGCCAAAAAGAGUUGCCCGGGACCCGACGGGCUGCGGAGGUCCCAGCUUCUCCUCCUUGACAGGAAGGGGCUAAAGUUGGCGAAGUUAUUCAAUGACUGGUUGAGGUCGGGGAUGAUCCCAAAAGUCUUCAAAGCCAGUAAGACGACCCUGAUCCCUAAGUCUAUUGAACCAGAACUCUGUGGCGUGGUUGGGAACUGGCGGCCACUGACGAUAGGCUCCACCGUUCUGAGGGUUUUCUCCAACAUAUUGGCCGCGAGACUUUCAAAUGCUUGCCCGGUACACCCCCGCCAGAAAGGGUUCGUCAAUGGCUCAGGGUGCAGCGAGAACCUCACAGUCCUAAACGGACUGAUAACUUUGGCGAAGAAAGAAAGAAGGGAACUGGCUGUGGUGUUUAUCGACUUGGCGAAGGCGUUUGACACAGUCUCACACCGGUUGAUUAGGGAGACGCUGACUCGGAGGGGAGUUGACCAACUGGUGGUCAAGGUAAUUAUGGAUGGUUACAGGGGCUGCUCAUCCUCAAUAAGAACGAUCGAGGGACCCACCAAGGAGAUCCCAAUCAAGUUGGGAGUCAAGCAAGGAGACCCGCUAUCCCCGCUCCUCUUCAACCUGGCGCUCGAUCCGUUGCUCUAUGCCCUGGAUGAUGUGAAAACAGGGUUUGAGUUCGGUGAAGAUGCUGCCCUCGCGGCAAUGGCAUUCGCCGAUGAUCUUGUGCUGGUUAGUGGCAGAUGGGAGGGCAUGAGAUCCAACCUGGCAGUGUUGGACGCCUUCUGUGACAGGGUGGGUCUGGCUGUGAACCCGGACAAAUGUGUGGCGUUCCACAUUGGGCAUAAAGGUCGGAAAGGGGUCCUUAACGCCUGUCCUACCUGGACCAUUAACGGCCAGCCAAUCAGGAUGUUAAAUGGACAAGAACAGGCAAAGUAUCUUGGGGUCGAGAUACACCCAUGGAAGGGAAUCUGCUGUCCCCCCCUGGCUCCAAAGCUCGAGAGCGGCCUUGUCAGAAUAGACAAGGCCGGGAUCAAACCGCACCGGAGGCUGGUGGUGCUAAGAUCCUACCUCCUACCAAGGCUCCUCUACGUCUGUGACCACUCGGGACUCUCUAGGGCAGUGUCUCCCAAAGUGGGGUCCGCGGCCCCCUGGUGGGCCGCGAGGGUACUGCAGGGGGGCCGCGGGAGGUCAUAA